GCUGGCGCGCGGCUGCUCUGCGCCUGCGCGCGCCGGAGUCAGGGGUCACGGCGGCGGAGGCUGUGGCGGGAAAAGCUGUUUGAAGCAGGAUGGAGGGCAAGCGGCGGCUGGCCUCGGAGCCUGGGGGCCCCCAAAAGCGAGCCCGCGGGGGAUUGUGGGAUGAGGAUGAAGCGCCACGACCAUCCCAGUUUGAGGAGGAGCUGGCACUAAUGGAGGAACUGGAAGCCGAGCGCAGGCUGCAGGAGCAGGAAGAGGAGGCGGCACAGCCGACGCUGGAGGGCGCUGCCGACGGCCAUUUCUCCCUGCCAGCCAUGGAUGCCCGCUGGCUACGGCCCACCCCACCCCCCCUGGACCCCCAGGUGGAGCCCCUCAUCUUCCAGCAGUUGGAGAUUGACCAUUACGUGGGUGCUGCUCGGCCCCUGCCGGGGGUGCCCUCCCCCUCCCGAGACCCGGUACCUGUGCUCCGUGCCUUCGGGGUCACUGACGAGGGCGUCUCGGUGUGCUGCCACAUCCAUGGCUUUGCGCCCUACUUCUACACUCCUGCGCCCCCUGGCUUCGGGCCCGAGCACCUGGCGGACCUGCAGCGGGAGCUAAACGCGGCCAUCAGCCGGGACCAGCGUGGCGGGAAGGAGCUCAGUGGGCCGGCGGUGCAGGGCCUGGAGCUGUGCUCCCGAGAGAGCAUGUUUGGGUACCACGGCCGCGGCCCCUCCCCAUUCCUGCGCAUCACACUGGCGCUGCCCCGCCUCGUGGCCCCCGCCCGCCGCCUCCUGGAGCAGGGCAUCCGUGUGGCGGGCCUGGGCACCCCCAGCUUCCCACCGUACGAGGCCAACGUCGACUUUGAGAUCCGGUUCAUGGUGGACACGGACAUCGUGGGCUGCAACUGGCUGGAGCUGCCAGCCGGGAAAUAUGUGCUGAGGCCCGAGGAGAAGGUCACAUUGUGCCAGCUGGAAGUGGACGUGCUGUGGUCCCAUGUGGUCAGUCAUCCGCCUGAGGGCCAGUGGCAGCGCAUUGCGCCCUUGCGUGUGCUCAGCUUCGACAUUGAGUGCGCCGGCCGCAAAGGUAUCUUCCCCGAGCCUGAGCGGGAUCCUGUGAUCCAGAUCUGCUCGCUGGGCCUGCGCUGGGGUGAGCCUGAGCCUUUCCUGCGCCUGGCGCUCACGCUGCAACCCUGCGCCCCCAUCCUGGGCGCCAAAGUGCAGAGCUACGAGCGGGAGGAGGAGCUGCUCGAGGCCUGGUCGAACUUCAUCCGCACCCUGGACCCUGAUGUGAUCACUGGCUAUAACAUCCAGAACUUCGACCUUCCCUACCUCAUCUCUCGGGCCGAGACUCUCAAGGUGCCGAACUUCCCCUUCCUGGGCCGUGUGCGCGGCCUCCGCUCCACCAUCCGAGACUCGUCGUUCCAGUCGAAGCAGACGGGCCGGCGGGACAGCAAGGUGGUCAGCAUGGUGGGCCGCGUGCAGAUGGACAUGCUGCAGGUGCUGCUGCGGGAGCACAAGCUCCGCUCCUACACGCUCAACGCCGUGAGCUUUCACUUCCUGGGCGAGCAGAAGGAGGACGUGCAGCACAGCAUCAUCACCGACCUGCAGAACGGGAAUGCGCAGACGCGCCGCCGCCUGGCCGUGUACUGCCUCAAGGACGCCUUCCUGCCGCUCCGGCUGCUUGAGCGGCUCAUGGUGCUGGUGAAUGCGGUGGAGAUGGCCCGCGUCACCGGCGUGCCCCUCGGCUACCUGCUCAGCCGGGGCCAGCAGGUCAAGGUGGUGUCGCAGCUGCUACGGCAGGCCAUGCGCCAGGGGCUGCUGAUGCCCGUGGUGAAGAGCGAAGGCGGUGAGGACUACACGGGGGCCACCGUCAUCGAGCCCCUCAAAGGGUACUACGACGUGCCGAUUGCAACGUUGGACUUCUCAUCCCUGUACCCCUCCAUCAUGAUGGCCCACAAUCUGUGCUACACCACCCUUCUGAGGCCUGGGGCCGCCCAGAAGCUGGGCCUGACCGAGGAGCAGUUCAUCCGGACGCCCACAGGGGACGAGUUUGUGAAGGCGUCUGUGCGGAAGGGGCUGCUCCCCCAGAUCCUGGAGAACCUCCUUAGUGCUCGCAAGAGGGCCAAGGCUGAGCUGGCACGGGAAACAGACCCCCUGCGGCGGCAGGUCCUGGACGGGCGGCAGCUGGCGCUGAAAGUGAGCGCCAACUCGGUGUACGGCUUCACCGGCGCCCAGGUGGGCAAGCUGCCCUGCCUGGAGAUCUCGCAGAGUGUCACCGGCUUUGGGCGCCAGAUGAUCGAGAAGACGAAGCAGCUCGUGGAGUCCAAGUACACUCGAGACAGUGGCUACAGCGCAGAUGCCAAGGUGGUAUACGGGGACACGGACUCCGUCAUGUGCCGCUUUGGUGUCUCGUCUGUGGCUGAGGCCAUGGCACUGGGACGGGAGGCCGCAGACUGGGUAUCAGGACACUUCCCCCCGCCCAUCCGGCUGGAGUUUGAAAAGGUCUACUUCCCCUACCUGCUCAUCAGCAAGAAGCGCUACGCGGGGUUGCUCUUCUCCUCCCAGCCAGAUGCCCACGACCGCAUGGACUGCAAAGGCCUGGAGGCCGUGCGCAGGGACAACUGCCCCCUGGUGGCCAACCUCGUCACUGCCUCUCUGCGCCGCCUGCUCAUUGACAGGGACCCCGCGGGCGCCGUGGCGCAUGCCCAGGACGUCAUCUCGGACCUGCUGUGCAACCGCAUCGACAUCUCGCAGCUGGUCAUCACCAAGGAGCUGACGCGCGCGACUGCCGACUAUGCGGGCAAGCAGGCCCACGUGGAGCUGGCCGAGAGGAUGAGGAAGCGGGACCCCGGGAGCGCGCCAAGCCUGGGUGACCGCGUCCCCUACGUGAUCAUCGGGGCCGCCAAGGGCGUGGCCGCCUACAUGAAGUCCGAGGACCCCCUGUACGUGCUGGAGCACAGCCUGCCCAUUGACACGCAGUACUACCUGGAGCAGCAGCUCGCCAAGCCACUGCUGCGCAUCUUUGAGCCCAUCCUGGGCGAGGGCCGCGCCGAGGCAGUGCUGCUGCGCGGGGAUCACACGCGCUGCAAGACAGUGCUCACGGGCAAGGUGGGCGGCCUGCUGGCCUUCGCCAAGCGCCGCAGCUGCUGCAUCGGCUGCCGUACGGUCCUCAACCACCAGGGCGCCGUGUGCAGGUUCUGCCAGCCCCGGGAGUCCGAGCUGUAUCAGAAGGAGGUGUCACACUUGAAUGCCCUGGAGGAGCGCUUCUCGCGCCUCUGGACGCAGUGCCAGCGCUGCCAGGGCAGCCUGCACGAGGACGUCAUCUGCACCAGCCGGGACUGCCCCAUCUUCUACAUGCGCAAGAAGGUGCGCAAGGACCUGGAGGACCAGGAGCAGCUGCUGCGACGCUUCGGGCCGCCAGGCCCCGAGGCCUGGUGACCCCCAAGCUGGCCACAGCCC